CUCAAUUGAUCCCCUUUUCCCCCUCGAGCUUCUUCUCUUCUUCUGUCUUCCACAGCAUCACCACGAGCUUCCCCCUCUCCGUGGAACCCCAACCGGUCACUGAUUUCAUACUGAACACAUCAUUCCCCACCACCCGGUGAGUCCUUCGAGCACCACUUGCCCCUCCAUGUCCCAAGUUUCCCCCUCCUCCUGCUCCUAGUGCUUCGCUGCCCCUCCUUGCCCGUGCUCGUCAUUUAAAUGUCCAGCUCCGUAUUCGUCGCUCGGUAAAGCUUUUAGUCCUCUGGUGCAGAAUUUAUUUGGUUCCUCUGUCUCGCUCCUCUCUCUCGUCCUUUCUUCCUCUCCAUCUAUCAACCAAUCAAUUACUCAUCACUUUCCUCCCCUUAGUUUUCAAUAACCAUCACAAUGGGUGUCCUCGAGCAACUCUCCCGCAAGUCCGGUGUCAUCGUCGGUGAUGACGUCCUUCGUCUCUUCGAGUACGCCAAGGAGAAGGGCUUUGCCAUCCCCGCCAUUAACGUGACCUCCUCCUCCACCGCUGUCGCUUGCCUUGAGGCUGCCCGCGACCAGAACUGCCCCAUCAUCCUCCAGGUGUCCCAGGGUGGUGCUGCCUACUUCGCUGGCAAGGGUGUCAGCAACGAUGGCCAGAAGGCCUCCAUUGCCGGUGGUAUCGCCGCUGCCCACUACAUCCGCAGCAUUGCUCCCACCUACGGUGUCCCCGUCGUCCUCCACACCGACCACUGCGCCAAGAAGCUCCUUCCCUGGCUCGAUGGUCUCCUCGACGAGGAUGAGCGCUACUUCAAGCUCCACGGCGAGCCCCUCUUCUCCAGCCACAUGAUUGACCUGUCUGAGGAGCCCGUCGAAGAAAACAUCCAGACCACCGCCAAGUACCUCCAGCGUGCUGCCCCCAUGAAGCAGUGGCUCGAGAUGGAAAUCGGUAUCACCGGUGGUGAAGAGGACGGUGUCAACAACGAGGAUGUUGACAACAACUCCCUGUACACUCAGCCCGAGGACAUCCUCGCCAUCCACAACGCCCUCGCCCCCAUCAGCCCCUACUUCUCCAUUGCCGCUGGUUUCGGUAAUGUGCACGGUGUCUACAAGCCCGGCAACGUCCGUCUCCACCCCGAGCUCCUCCAGAAGCACCAGGCCUACGUCAAGGAGAAGAUCAACUCCUCCCAGGACAAGCCCGUCUUCUUCGUGUUCCACGGUGGCUCUGGUUCCUCCAAGGAAGAGUACAAGCAGGCUAUCAGCUACGGUGUUGUCAAGGUCAACCUCGACACCGACAUGCAGUUCGCCUACAUGGCCGGUAUCCGUGACUACAUGCUGAACAAGAAGGACUACCUCCUGACCUCUGUCGGCAACCCCGACGGUGAGGACAAGCCCAACAAGAAGUUCUUCGACCCCCGCGUCUGGGUUCGUGAGGGUGAGAAGACCAUGACCAAGCGUGUCCAGGAGGCUCUGGCGGACUUCAACACUGCUGGCCAGCUGUAAAGGUCUUGACGUUAACUUGAUGAUAUGUGUCUUCGGAAUAUGACGAAAUCAGAUACCAGUACAUGAAAUAAGCAAUCUAAGAACGACAAAAUAAGUUGUUUGUUUGACCGUAACCAGGAGCAAUGAUCGAGGGCAAUUGGCUGCCUUGGGGGUGCUGGGUUUGGAUCGAACGGAGUUGCGAGUGGGUGAUGAUGUAUGUAGUCUUGAGGACGAAAUAUAGUAAUGUCUGUUGUACC